ACGAUGUCGAGGUCCUUGCGGGACGCGCUGCUCAAGGCGCUCGAGACGCUCCCUGGCACCCGCCAAUUCCACCUGCACGUCCUCGUCUCCGCCCCGCGCAAGCACGCCGGGCUGUACCCCUACGCGCACCCGCGCCCGAAAGUCUACCUGUCCGACGUCCUCGUCCUCCUGUCCGAGCAGAAAACGCCCGACGCGCCGCGCGUGUUCGUCGCCGGCAUCGAGGCGUACUUGUACCAUGUUCCCGCCACGUCGUGUCUCGUGCUGAAUGUGGCGAAGCUGGACUCGACCGGCCAGGCUGCGGCUCCGUCGCCCACCGCCACUUUAAUACGUGCUUUCAUUGCGUACUAUGGCGAUCCGGCGACGAGACCCAUUAAUGCGCAGCACCUCUGGAUCCAUCUGUUUGCUAGAGCGCAGAACCAGUACAUGUUUCCAAACUCGUCCGAGCAUCCUGGCAAACAUCCCUUGUCCGACAUAAAGCUGUGUGCUUGGUGGAAGCGUAUACUCAGCGAUGUAGCAGCGGACUUGGAGUCUCGCAUUGGUGAAAAAAGCAAACUCCGACUCUACUAUGUGCUACCCGGCUAUAGCGAGCUAGAGGCCGUGCAGUCCUUACAUUCCGCUUCCGCAUCUUGGUCGACGCGUAAACAACCCUCGGUAGCGUGGAUUUAUGGACACCCAUAUUCUCAGACGGACAUACCUCUACCGUGUUCCAAUGUGCAGCCUAAAGAAGGGCAAGAGAACUUGGGGCUCUUCAUCCCAUCGUUCGAAGAUGACCCAAAAUCCAGGUUCAUUGACGAGAUUGCAUAUACAGUCGAAGGAGAGGGCGUCAGGUCUCCGCAGCGGAAGCGGGCAAGGACGCUCACUCGUACGACCAGCACGCGAGACAUCGAAACCACUCGGGAUACCUCGAAGGAACGGCACAAUGAAAAUGAAAAAGAUCAGGACGAACGCCCCCAGGGAGAACUAGGCAAAGUCUCCCCGAACGAGUUUUGGGAGCGCAUGUCCUUCCGCCAGGAAUGCAUAUCCGGGGCAGUCACCGGUUUCUUCGUCAUGGCCGUUUCGACCCCCAUGCCCGCCGAUACAACCGACCCUCUUGCGCCGCAACCGGGCCAAGUAUCGGCGCAGAUGAUCAAGCGCAUAAUGGCGACCCUCUUAACGGGCCACGAGUUUUCCAACGUCGAGCGGGCCGUUCGGGCGACAGAGUCGCUGGAAGCGUCUAUCAAGGGUCUGUGCGACGGGGUCUCCCCUGUUCCCUCCGCUCCGAUAAAACCACUGUCGUCCGGAAAGCCACUGUCUUCUGCGAAGCCACGAUCCUCCGCAAAACCAGUAUCGUCUGCACGACGGGAGAAGACUCCUGAACGCGACGCGUCCUCGUCGUCAAAUGACAUCUAUGCAUCCCUUCCCCGCACGCCGCCUCGCCGUCCCACCCAACUGCCAGAGGAUACGCGUUCUGCCUCUCCAAGCCCGUUCCCGGAGCCAGAGACGUCCCUGGACACGUACCACACUUACAUUUAUGGUUCAGUCCAGGUGGACAAUCCCUUGCCGCCACCGAAAGUGGACGCUGCGGGGGAGGGAGGGCAAGCUGCUGAUGGGGGCGUGGAGGAGCCCAAGGUCACGGUGUUGACUGUGCGGAAGAAGAAAAAGAAAGCGGAUAGCUGAGUACCUUGCAGACGACCCUGCUAAUAUCUGAAUCUGUGCGGCACUUAUUCUGAUAGUUUUGAGUGGGUGUAUAUAGGGGGUCCGAGGGUCAGUCGAGGGUUGUAGUAGUCGCUUUGCUGUGGCAUGUUUUCCGUUUGUCUUGCUUUCGAAAUGCAUGUAUGCUUGGGAUAGUUCGCCACGUUUUCUG